AUGGGGGCAUUCUUUAACUUCUUCGUGGCCACGUUUGCUGCUAUUGGGUCUUUUCUUUUUGGAUACGACUCUGGUAUUAUCGGCUCAGUCAUUUCCCCAAACUUCAAGCAGUUUCAUGAAUACUUCAAUGAACCAAAUGAUGAGAUUUUGGGUGCAGUGGUGUCCACAUUCGCUGGAGGUUGUUUCUUUGGAGCAAUGGCCGCCGGUUGGUUAGCGGAUAGGAUCGGUAGGAAGCGCACUAUCCAGGCCGGCUCUCUUGUCGCAGUUCUCGGCUGUUCCCUUCAGACGGGGGCCCAGAACAUUAGUUAUCUCAUGGUCGGCAGGGCGAUAGCUGGGAUCAGUAUUGGAUGUCUAUCUAUGAUCGUUCCCUUGUAUCAAUCUGAAAUCUCACCACCCAAUAUGCGCGGUUUUUUAACCGGAAUGACACAAUUUAUGAUUGGAAUGGGAUUCUUAGUUGCCAACUGGGUUGGUUAUGGUUGUCAGUACAUUGACAAUGAAGCACAAUGGCGCAUCCCACUUGCUAUUCAAGUGGUCCCGGCCAUUUUGCUUCUCGUCGGAAUGUUCUUCCUUCCCUUUAGCCCUCGAUGGCUUGUCGAGAAGGGACGUAACGAAGAGGCUUUCCAGGUUAUUCAGCGCUUACACGGGAACGAACAAAAUGCGGAGCUCAUCAAGCUGGAGUUCGCAGACAUGGUGGAACAAAUUAAGCAUGAGAAGGUGAACAUGUCUUCCAAGCUUUCGGAUCUGGGGACACUAUCCUCCUUAUUACUGGAAUUAGCGGCGUACUUGGCCAAAUUGUUACCUUCGUAUUCAUAUACUGCAUCCUUGAUAGGGUUGGCCGUCGCCUGCCGCUCAUCAUCGGUGCAUUUGGGAUGGCAGGCCGCGAUCAAUGCAAAGUUCCCUGGAGAGGCCUCCAAUAAUACAGCCGCUCAGAGGGCAGGUGUGGCAUUUAUCAUUCUUUUUGGCUCGCUGUUCUUUUCGACAUCUUUCGGACCUGUGUCAUGGGUAUACCAGUCUGAAAUCUUCCCGAUGCGGGUGCGUGCGAUGGGAACAUCCAUAGCCACCAUGUCUAACUGGGCUGUAAAUGUAAUGAUUUCGCAAGUAUCGCCAAUCGGUCUUAGUAGGAUCGGCUGGAAAUUCUACCUCGUGUUCAUUUGCACGAAUAUUGUCAACGGCAAGUCUCACGGCCUCAUAGUGAUAUUCUUUUUCCCCGAGACUAAGGGGAAGACUCUUGAAGAAAUGGAUGCCGUAUUUGGCGAUCAAGCUAUUGGACAUGCGCUCGAGACCGGGCGUACACACAACGUGUCAGGAUUAGACGACAAGGAUGGAAGCCUUGAGAAGAUUGAGAAAGUAUAA